AUGGAUGAUUCGCUGCUCGUGGACGUGGAGCAGGUCUCCGAUUCGAAUACCGAUAUCUCAGCAGUCGCCCACGCCUCCACCGACAGCUCUGAGGAGAGCCCACGAGUGUCAGAAUCGCAAUGCCUUGCGGUGUGGCGCCCGCUGCCCUUUCCAGAAAUGCCCGGCAUGCCCCGUGUUCUCUUGGAGGGCUGUGAGGCAGCCCAGGCUGCUAUUCAGGAGGUGAAGGCCUGGGAGCCUUUGGAUCUCCUGUCCGGAGCUGUGCACCUCAGCUACCUGAUGCUCUUCAGCUCCCUCUACGCGCAACUGCCUGGCUUGCACGGCCCGCAGGGCAUAGACCCCCACACUGUGUCGCGCGGCUUGGGCCAGGCGCUGGUGUUGACGGCCGCCCCGGGCCGCGCGGAGCUGGGCGCGCUGCUGGGUCUGGGGGCCAGCGCCCUGGCGGUGGCGGCGCCCGCGCUGCGGAAAGGCGCCCCGGGCCUCGCCAUCUCCGCCACCCAGUGGGUGCUGUGGCGAGACUUCAUGCUUGCUGGCGAUUCCGCCUUUCCGGUGGGCAUGACCCACCUUGCAAUGGAAGGCAGCAUCGGAGCAGCCGCGUAUUCCUUGGAAGCCUAUGGCCUUGCCAGCUGGUUUUGGCGCUGGUGCCUCUUCCGUGGGCUGUUGGCUGGUGGCAUCCACAAAGCGCUCCUUUGCGAUCAGAGCUGGACGGACCUUUCCGCGGUGCAUUGGCACUUUCAAGGCACUCCGAACCCCUCCAGCCUGGGCUGGCUUGCCUUCCAGCUCACCAGUAGCUUCCCCUGGCUUGGCCACCUGGCCACCGCCUCCACGCUGACCAUCGAGCUGGCAGCUCCCUUCCUCUUUUUCUCCCCCCGCCUGAAGUACUUGGGCUUUGCUGGAAACAGUGCCUUGCAACUGGGCAUCCUUGCAACUGGCAACUACGGACCCCUGAAUUUCUACUUCCUGGCCCUGGGCUUGUCGCUUCUGCACCAGACACGCUCAGAGCUCACUGCAAAUGAGAGCCGAGCUGUGCUUCCAGCUGCUGGCCUGGGCCUUGCAGUGGCCUGUUACGGCAUGCUGCGGGCUCCUGGCGCCUGCCCCAGCGCCUACCACGCCAUCUAUGCCCAGCUGGCCACGGUGUUCUCCUCGCUGGCGGGCCUCCAGGGCUUGCUCUCAAUGACCUCCGGCGUGGAGAAGGCGCUGGGUUUGGGGCUCCUUGGCCUUACCUCCUCAGUCUUCACCGUGGACACUCUGGGCUACGCGGCGCCCCACUACGAGCUGCUGCAGCAAAGUGUGCUAGCAUCGUCUGCCUGGCUGCAAGAGAAAUGGGAGGCCUUUGACAUUGCUUUCAAGAAGCUCGUGGUCCAGCCGGCUGCCUAUCUUGCAGAUACUUUGCCGCCGCGCGUCUUUGACCCCCCGCCCAACUUCUUCUCCAACACUACUGGGGUGCAAGGACGCCCUGCUUUGGCACUGGAAGGCGCUGAGAGUUACUUUGGCCCUUGGCGGCCUGUGCCUAUGAAGUAUAAUGACCCCAGCAAGCCUGGGCUCUCCUCUGCACCCUGGCCCCACGCAGCCUUCCUAGACUUGCUCUGGUGGGAUGCGCCUCACCUGGGCGGCAGCCCCAUGUGGUUGUCUCGCCUGCUGCGGGGUGUCAUGGAUGGCCUUCAGCCAGUGCUGGACCUCAUAGACAGGCCGGCCUUCGAGGCAAGCUGCUCGGCCCAAGCGUGUGGCAGGAGUCGGCGCCCUCCCGCCCUUUUUUCGGCUGGAGCUUCGCGGGUGGCGGGCCGCCGGGCCGCCAUGGAGCCCGGAGACUUUCACAGCCGAGUUGCCAAGAUCCUGAAGGAUGCAGAGAGGAAGUUGGUUGAGGCCCAUGAGCUGGAGGCUCAAAGCGGACAAGCUGCACAGGGAGACGAAGCUACUGGCUCCAGGAUGCUGGAUAAAGUGAUGGCAGAGUACAGCUAUGGCUAUGCAGGUAGCGGUAGUGUGGGCAGCGAGCGACCUCCAAUGCCGGAGUGUGACUCUGAGAGGGACUUCGACAAAGCGUAUCAAUGGCAGCCUCCAGCUCGCUCUGACAGCGACUUAGGCGCCCCCAGGCACUUCCAGCUUUGGAGCACCUACACCAAGCCUCCCGACUUUGCCAUGCUGUUGAAUGACCAGGAGUCCGAGGAUUCCCUCAGUGCAGGACUUGACGAGUUUGCCAAGGAGUUGGAGGCAGAAAAGAAGAAUCUAUCCUCGAAGUCGUCGACUUGGGUCUUGAGCCCAAACUCGCCAAAGAGGAUCUGCUGGGACUUGGCAGGGGUCCUCGUCCUCCUCUAUGACCUCAUCAUGAUUCCCAUGUACACCGCUUUUCCACUGGCGCCGAAUGUGUUCUUGACAUUCAUGACGGGUGUCACGCUUGGCUUUUGGACACUGGACAUCCUGGCUUGCUUCUGUGUGGGCUACUACGCGCGGGAUGGAACUCUCGUCGUGAGCAUGAGCAAGAUUGCAAGGGCAUAUCUUUUCUCCUGGUUCCCAUUGGAUUGUGUCAUUGUCUCGAUUGAUUGGGUCAUAGUCCUCGCCUUGGUCGCUGAAGAGGAGGGAAAAAGUGCCGGGCUGAUGCGCGCGGGCAAGAUGCUGCGGGCCCUGCGGGUGCUGCGCACUCUGCGGCUGCUGCGGCUUGCGAAGUUGAGGCAGCUGCUGAACAAGCUGCAGGACCAAGUGGACUCUGAGCACAUAUCAGUGAUCCUGGACAUUGUCAAGCUGUUGAUCCUGAUCAUUUUCAUCAAUCACUUCAUCGCAUGCGCUUGGUAUUUGGUGGGAUGCAACGCACCCGCGCUCGAGAACUCAUGGCUGAAGGUGGAGUUCGGUACUUUCGAUUGCGAGGAAGAGAAUGAUGAGCUUUUGCUGUACAAGUAUACCACCAGCAUGCACUGGUCGUUGACGCAGUUCACCCCAGCCUCCAUGAGCGUGCAGCCCACGAACACCACGGAGCGAAGUUUUGCGAUAGGUGUGCUGCUUUUUGCUCUUCUGGUUUUCUCCUCUUUCGUGGCAAGCUUGACUGGCGCCACCACCAGCCUUCGCAAGAUGACCGGCCGGUACACAUCCCAGCUGUGGCUCUUGCGCAAGUUCCUGCGGCAGCGUCAGAUCACACUUGACCUUCAGGUCCGAAUCAACCGGUACAUCAACAUGGUGAUAUCCAUGACGGAGCAGUGUGUCCAGUACGACGAUGUCAAGCUCUUUGAGCAGCUAUCCGGUCCGCUGGUGAAUGAGCUGCGCACAGAGCUCAACAAGCCGCGGCUUUUGGUGCACCCACUCUUCGUCAUGAUGAUCGACAGGUUCGAGGGAAUGAUGCGCAAAGUGUGUGUCAAAGUGCCAGUGCCCGUCUACCUUUCACGUGCGGACAUUCUCUUCGCAGCAGGGGAGGAAUGCAAGAGCAUGUACUUCCUAUUCUCGGGUAGCGUUGACUAUUUGCACCACGAGACCAAAAACUUCGAGCAUCUCAAUGACAACGAGUGGUUCUGCGAGGUGGUUCUGUGGACGCCAUGGAUGCACCAAGGGCGGGUUAGAGCCAAGAUCGAGACCGAAUUCAUGGAAUUGAACAACGAGAAGUUCCGGGAGGUCGUCUCGGAAUAUCCAAAACAUCUAUCCUUCAUGAGGAUUUAUGGGCUCAGCUUCCUCCAUCAGAUGCAAGAGCUCUACAUCGAGAAUGAGCGGCACCUGACCGACCUUGAUAUGCAGAUCGCUGUUAGCCCCGUGAUGACGGACUUGUUGCAAGUAGAGCUGGCAGAAGAUGAUCUGCCUUCUGUAACCAGCGGGGCAUCUUCCUUCGUGCACUGGCCAGGGAAGAAUUCCAGCCCACAGAUAGUCAGCCUACCAUCUCAGGGCCCGAGAUACAAGCGAACCAAGUCGAAGCAGCUUAAGAGUGGGUGCAGCGAAAGCAGCCUGCAGGAGGGCAAGCACAACAGCCCGCCCACGCUGGAGGCGUCGGAAAGUAGCCUAGCGCAGGAAGCCAACGAGCCCAGCGUGGUAGUGGGUUUACAUUCUCGUGUGUUCGAAGUUUGAGAUCGCAGAAAGCUUACUCUGGUGGCAGCCAAAGGCUGUCACGCAGAAUGGGCACCCAGAUAUUUGUGAAGAACAUUCACCAGUCCAAAGCUUCAGACUUGAGGCAUUGUCAUACUCAAGCAGGCGCGACAUGGUGUUUCAUUUUUGCGCUGAAUCAUUGCUAU